AUGACCGAUGCUGAUAACCACGACGAACUUAUCGAUUACGAAGAGGAAGAAGAUACCUCACCGCAAUUAGAGCCCAGUGUUGAUAAGGUUAUUAGUAACGGUGAAGCUAAUGGUGAAGAUUCAAAGGAGAAAAAAGGAAGCUAUGUUGGUAUACAUUCGACUGGUUUUAUGGAUUUCUUGCUGAAGCCAGAGUUGUUACGAGCAAUUGUCGACUGUGGUUUCGAACAUCCAAGUGAAGUGCAACAGGAAUGUAUACCGCAAUCUAUCCUCGGUAUGGACGUACUCUGUCAGGCUAAGUCUGGAAUGGGCAAAACUGCCGUCUUCGUACUCGCCACCCUACAGCAAGUAGAACCUACGCCGGGUGAAGUCUCGGUAAUCGUCCUUUGCCAUACGCGAGAACUAGCCUUCCAGAUCCGCAGUGAAUACACACGGUUCAGCAAAUACACACCUGAUAUCAAGACCGAUGUCUUCUACGGAGGAAUUCCUAUUAGACAGGACUACGAAAAGUUCCGAAAUAAAGAAACUACUCCACACAUUGUCGUCGGUACUCCAGGACGUGUUCUCGCUCUUGUGAAAGAAGGACAUCUUAAAGCCGGAAGUGUAAAGCAUUUCGUUCUUGAUGAAUGCGACAAGAUGCUUGAUCAAUUAGAUAUGCGACGAGAUGUGCAGGAAAUUUUCCGAAAGACACCUCACAGCAAACAAGUAAUGAUGUUUAGCGCGACGUUAAGCAGAGACAUUCGUCCCAUCUGCAAAAAAUUUAUGCAAAAUCCACUUGAGAUUUAUGUAGAUGAUGAAGCAAGACUAACACUGCACGGCUUGACACAACAUUUCAUCAAUCUGCAAGAGACUGCCAAAAAUCGCAAAUUAAAUGACUUGUUGGAUACGUUAGAAUUCAACCAAGUUUGCAUCUUUGUAAAAUCUGUGCAGAGAGCAACUGAACUGAAUAAGUUAUUGGUUGAAUGUAACUUCCCGAGUAUUUGUAUUCACGGAAAAAUGCCGCAAGAAGACCGUAUUGCGAGGUAUAAAGAAUUUAAAGAAUUUUCUGCACGUAUCAUGGUCGCAACUGAUGUAUUCGGGCGUGGUAUCGAUAUUGAGCGCGUGAAUAUUGUAGUUAAUUAUGAUAUGCCGGAUGGUCCUGACACAUACUUGCACAGAGUUGGUCGUGCUGGUCGUUUUGGUACCAAAGGGCUUGCAGUCACAUUCGUCGCUAAUCAAGAAGACGCCGAUAUCCUUCAGAAAGUACAGGAAAGAUUCGAAGUCAACAUUACCGAAUAUCCUGGCUUGAAAUGA